AUGACCAACCCAUUGAUAGAUAAUAUAAAAAGCAUUCCUCCAGUGACUCGUUUCUUUACCAUAUCUACCGUGUUGGCGUGUUUGGGAGUCACUACAUUCUCAGCUUUUCCUUCGUUGUACAUCAAUAGUUAUGCAUUAUUGAAGGAGUAUAUGAUUGUGCGGGCAGUGAUUCGACGCGGGCUGUACUUUGUCAUUUUCAAAGUUGUUGCAACAGAAGUUCUAGGAUGGUAUAGAUUUGUUACGUCAUUUUUGAUUCCACCAGGUAUUAUGUCUACAAACAGAGUCAAUGCAUUAUUUGAUACUUAUUUCUUCUACACCUUUUCCAAUCACUUGGAGGCACAUGAGGGCAAGUUCAAGGGUAAUUUUCCAGACUACUUGUGGUUCAUUAUCUUGUGCGGGUCUUGUAUACAAGUGUUUAAUCUAGCGUUGGAGGCUAUAACUGGCAACUACAGUGAAGCAACGUAUUUCCCACAUGAAAACUUGUUGGCCUGUUUGACAUACGUUUGGUCAAGGAGUUUGAAGAAUGCAAGGAUCAACUUAUUGGGAUUAGUUCCCAUCAAGGCUUAUUAUUUGCCCUUGGGUAAUUUGGUUGUGAAGCUUAUUCUUGGAGGACCGGUAGCACUCAUUGAUACUUUAGUGGGAAUUAUAAGUGGCUACUUGUACCUUUGUGUUCAGCUGAAUACCAUGCCCAUUUACAACUUGGUACCAGGAGCAUAUGGAACUCCCAAAAAGAAGAGAAAUGAUGAAGGCAGAAGGGUUGGAAUGACUUAUGUGGAUAAUACAUCUCGUUUUGGUGGGUUUCAGGCUGAUUAUAUUGAUGAUAGCAUAUACGACAAAGGUUACUUGAAGGCUCCUCAAUGGUUGUACAGUCUUUUGUCAUACCCUAAAAAUACAUCUGUAAGGACAACCGCGUUUACUCCGGCUGUUGGUUCUUCUUUUGGAUCACCAUCAUUCUCAAGAAACCAAUCUCAAAGAGAAGGCACUCCGACUGGUAGUACUACGGGAUAUUCCUGGUUUGGGGGAAGUGAAACAGCAUUCAAAGGAAAGGGCCAUAGAUUGGGUGAUUAG